AUGGCCGGCAGUCCGCGGGAACAAUGGGAGAGGCUGCAGGUUAUUCUGCAGAACCGCACUAGGGGCGGUGGCGGCGGUGGGUUCAAAUUCGGAGGAGGCUCGCCUUUUGGAGGCCCAACUGUGGCACUUGCUGUGUUGCUGGCUGGAGGAUACGCUCUGUCAACCGCUCUAUUCAACGUUGACGGUGGUCACCGAGCAAUCAAGUAUUCGAGGUUAUCCGGAGUGAAGAAAGACAUCUACAGUGAAGGAACACAUCUUCGCUUACCCUGGAUCGAAACUCCGAUCAUUUACGAUGUCCGCGCAAAGCCAAGAAAUGUCGCGUCCUUGACCGGAACGAAGGACUUGCAAAUGGUUAAUAUAACAUGCCGUGUCUUGUCCCGACCACGAGUUGAGGCCCUUCCUCAAAUUUAUCGAACACUUGGCAAGGAUUUCGAUGAAAGAGUCUUGCCUUCUAUCGUCAACGAAGUGUUGAAGAGUGUUGUUGCUCAGUUCAAUGCCAGUCAGCUGAUUACGCAGCGUGAGAAUGUCGCUCGUCUCGUUCGUGACAACCUGGCUAGGCGUGCAGCUCGCUUUAACAUCACGUUGGAUGAUGUGUCCUUGACUCACCUUGCAUUUUCGCCUGAAUUUACCGCCGCCGUUGAAGCCAAACAAGUCGCCCAGCAAGACGCUCAAAGAGCUGCUUUCGUGGUUGACAAGGCCCGUCAAGAAAAGCAAGCCACAGUUGUCCGAGCCCAGGGUGAAGCCCGCUCUGCCGAACUCAUUGGUGACGCCAUCAAAAAGAGCAAGAGCUACGUCGAGCUGCGUCGUAUCGAGAACGCCCGGAACAUUGCUCAACUUAUUCAAGAGUCUGGAAAGAACAAACUUUACCUUGACACUCAAGGCCUAGGCCUGAAUCUCAAUGCCAACGCUGAAAACGACAAGUAA